CUCUUUCUCUUCCAUAUUAUCCAAACAAGAUUCAAAUUUUCUCCUACUCUCCUCGGAAAAGUAUCUCGAGAAGAAUCGGAGUACUCAGUCGGCGUUCUUCAAUGGCGAUUUACCUCUCUGCCGCUUCUGCUUCGUCUCUGAUUUCUCCUGAAUUGGGCAAUUCCGUGACACCCGCCUCGAAACUAUCUUCUCUUUCGUCUGUGCGGUUUCCGGCGCAGAUUCUCCGUGUCGGCAUCCGAAACAAGAGGAUAAACUCGCCUUCGCGGCCUCGAUUCGUACCUCUCUCUGUUACAGCAAAGAAGCAGAGUUUCGACUCCUUUGAUGAUUUGCUGCAGAGUUCCCAAAAACCUGUGCUUGUAGACUUCUAUGCCACAUGGUGUGGACCGUGUCAGUUCAUGGUACCGGUACUCGAAGAAGUGAAUGCAACACUGAAAGAUAAGAUCCAAGUGGUGAAAAUCGAUACCGAGAAGUACCCGAAUCUUGCUGACAGAUACCAGAUAGCGGCAUUGCCUACAUUCAUCUUAUUCAAAGAUGGAAAACUCUUGGACCGUUUCGAAGGUGCCUUGCCCGCGAACCAGCUGGUAGGCCGAAUCGAGGAUGCGUUGCAAGUGAAACAGUAGCUGUGGAAUUAUGAUGAACUGGAACAUUCUUGCGUAUAAGCACCAUCCUGACUGAAUUCAGCAUUCAUGUCUUGAAAAAGAAUCCUGAUUGAUUUCGAAUAGAAUGUUAAAGUAUAUUAUUUUUUACCAAGCAUUUUUGGGUUAA